UUUGAGGAAGUGAUUACACCAUGCGGCAAUAUGGUAAACCAAAAACGGGUCAACUCCUUACUUUUGCCCACUUCUAAUUGACAACCACCGCCAAAGGCACCACCAAACCCACCGACGACGAGGACAACAAAAAUGUCGAAACAGGAUUUACGACACUCCUCCGCUCCCUACUCCCGUCUCUCUCCAAACCCUAACCAUCAAAACGUCGUCGUUUUACCCGUCUAUUACCCCCGCCAUAACGAUAACUACCGUUGCCUCCGCCACUGCCUCGCCUUCACCUCCGUCAUCCUCCUCCUCUCCGCAGCCCUAUUCUUGCUUUACCCUUCCGAUCCAACUCUCGAACUUGCCCGACUCCAACUCAACCACGUAGGAGUCAACACGUCGCCCAAACUCACACUCGACCUCUCAUUUUCUUUGACCAUCAGGGUCCGUAACAGGGACUUUUUUUCUUUGGACUAUGAUAAGCUUGUCGUUUCGGUUGGGUAUAGAGGGAGGGAACUGGGACUGGUGAGUUCGGAAGGUGGGCGCGUCCGAGCCAGAGGGAGCUCGUACGUGAACGCCACACUCGAUUUGGAUGGGUUUGAGGUUGUUCAUGAUGUGAUUUAUUUACUUUCGGAUUGGGCUAAAGGGGUUAUUCCCUUUGAUACUAAUACUAAGGUUGAUGGAGAUCUUGGUCUUUUUCUCUUCAAAAUUCCCCUCAAGAUGCUCAGUGCUUCAACCACGUUUGAUUUUGAAUGUAUGAUGUUUCAGGCAAAAGUGUCCUGUGAGGUGUACAUGGAUAGAAAUAAUCAGUCAAUUGUUCGUCAAGACUGCUAUGCUGAGUAAUGUGGUGGGCAGUGCUCUAAUAGAUGUACUAGAAGUGGGAAACAGAUUCGGAUUCUGCUGUGAUUUGGCUCCUCUUUGAUGACACUGUACAUGUAAUGUAAAUGAACAUAGUUUAGUUCAGGCCACAAAGUACACUUAUGUGCAUUCCACUAGUAAGUACAUAUAACUAGCAGUUGUAAAAGCAUGAUUGGAUGAAAAUGGUAUAUUUAGCUAAGUUUUCUGCA